CUCAAAGCAAUCAAAUGAAUAAAUAAGUAUACUUUUAAAAGCUAAUGUUACACAGACACAGCCACACCGAUUCGCUCACAUCACAUGCGUCUCUCUUUUCCAUUUCACGCAAAGAUCCUCUCUUGAAAAGCAAGCAACACAGAGAGAGAGAGAGAGAGAAAAGAAAAGUAGCAAAAGAAGUGGCCACCGCCGUGGGUGGUGGUGGGGCUUAGUACCCUUUCACUAUUUCCCCAAUUUUUCCCACCAAAACCCAAAAAUCCCUAAAAAUGACCUCUCGAGACAUCACCGCCACCGCCGCCGCAAACCACCCUACUUCCGGCGGCAACCACCACCACUACUACCCACCGUCGAAUUCGUCAUCCUCGUCCUCCGCCUCGUUCCGCGGCUGCUGCUGCUGCCUCUUCCUCCUCUUCUCCUUCCUCGCCCUCCUGGCCCUCGCCGUGGUGCUGGUGGUGGUCCUCGCAGUGAAGCCGAAGAAGCCGGAAUUCGACCUCCAGCAGGUGGGCGUGCAGUACAUGGGCAUCAGCCCCACCACCGCCUCCUCCGCCGCCGUGUCGCUCAACAUCCGGAUGGUAUUCACCGCCGCCAACGGCAACAAGGUCGGGAUCAAGUACGGCGAGUCGCGCUUCACCGUGAUGUACCGCGGCAUCCCCCUCGGGCGCGGCGGCGUCCCCGGCUUCUACCAGCCCGCCCACAGCGUAAGGCGGAUCGAGUGCGUCAUCGUCGUCGACCGGGUUAGCUUGCUCCAGGCCGACGCCGCCGAUUUGGUCAGGGACGCCUCCUUGAACGACCGGGUCGAAUUGCGGGUCGUCGGCGAUGUCGGAGCCAAGAUCCGGAUCCUCGGCUUCACCUCACCCGGUGUGCAGGUAUCGGUGGAUUGCACAAUUGCCAUUAGCCCAAGAAAGCAAGCCCUAAUAUACAAGCAGUGUGGAUUCGACGGCCUCAGCGUCUAAUAUAUUGGUCAUGUGGUCCCCACCGCCCCUCUUUGUUUCUCUUUCUUUCUUUAAUUUCUCUCUCUAGAAAUCGAAAAGGGAAAUUCCCGUGGAGAGAGUGAGAGAUGGGGAGUUUACAAAGUGAAUUCCCACAAAGUUGAAAGCAAUUAAUUGAGAUAUGAGUAUGAGGGGUUUCUGCAAAUUUUGUAUUCUUGUGUAAAGUUCCUAAAAUCUGCUCGAUUCAAUGAUAUUCCACUUGACUUA